AUGUGGGUGGGGUCACUGCUCCACUUCCGGGUCACGGUGCACGUGGCGUGGGAAGAAUCGUGGCCUGCCGCUGUUGAGUGGGAGCCAGAGGAUUUCGGUUCGGUUUGCGGUUCGCCAUGAGCUCGGAGCGCGGCAAUGCGGCGCGCAAGCGGUCGCAGAAGCACAAGAACGUGACGGCCUUCCGCAACAACCGCCACGACACGAGCCCGCGCGUGCAGAAAAUGAACAGCGUGGUGCACGAGGGCGUGUGCAUGCGCUGCAAGGAGGUGCUGGAGUGGAAGGUCAAGUAUGGGAAGUACAAGCCGCUCACCCAUGCGCGGAAAUGCGUGCGGUGCCAGCAGAGGACGGUGCUGCGCGCGUACCACACGGCGUGCAUCCACUGCGCCGUGCGCCUCGGGAUCUGCGCCAAGUGUGGCACGGAGGGGGGUGUCGUCACUCCUCUGGGCAACCAAGGAGAUAAAGAAGAGCCCGGAGACCAGGGAGGGGACCAGGGAGGGGACCAGGGAGGGGACCAGGGAGGGGACCAGGGAGGGGACCAGGGAGGGGACCAGGGAGGGGACCAGGGAGGGGACCGUGAAGAGGUCCAUGGAGGAGACCACGGAGGAGAUGGAGAGGAUGGGAGCGAUGAUGACGCAAGUGACAGCGAUGGGCCUCUGGCGGAGAGUGCGACGUGAAACGGAUUAGCAGCACUGUCCCCACCCCCACCCCCACGCCCCCCCACUCCCCCCCCCCACUCCCCCCCCACGCC